AAAAGAACAGAAAUAAAAACAGUGCCUGCUUUUUGCCUCCUCAAAAGAAAGUUCUUUUUUACUGGGUAUCUACUAUCCAGAAUAAAAGACCUUUGCUCCUCUUUCUUGAUUCUCUCCUUGCCUUUGUAUUUUUAAUACUUAAAUUUAUUCAGCUCAAUCUUGGUUCACUAAAUCCUCUGUUUGUGGUUUAGCUUCUUUUCUACUCUUGAAGUUCAAUGACUACACCACUUGAACAUGAUUACAUAGGCUUAUCAGAGACUCCUAAGACAGAGAUAAGCCCAGAGAACAUGUCUGAGACCAAGAAGAGUCAUGUUCUUAACCUUAAGGAGACAGAACUCAGGCUUGGUUUGCCUGGUUCUGUUUCUCCUGAGAGGAAGGCUGGAAAUGUUGUGCCUUUGUUUGGGAAAGUGCUAGAAGAUGCUAAGGUUGGUUCAUUCAAGAACUUUGGGUCUGGAGCUAAGAGGGGUUUUUCUGAUGCAAUUCAUGGCUCUGGGAAAUGGGCUCUUGGGGCUUCUGAGGCUGGUUUGGCCAAAGCUUGUGCUAAAGAAGCUAGUGUUUAUACUAAGACUUUGAGGCCUGUUGAGGAGAACAAGACUUCUCCUCAGAAUGAAAAUGCUGCUGCUCCUGCUUCCAAGGCACAGGUAGUUGGAUGGCCUCCUAUUAAAUCAUUCCGAAAAAACACUCUGGCUACCAGUAUAUCGAAGAAUGCUGAUGUCGAAGGAAUUUCAACUUCAGAGUGCAUCUAUGUCAAGGUUAGCAUGGAUGGUGCACCAUAUUUAAGAAAAGUUGACCUCAAAACCUGCUGCAAUUACUCUGAACUCUCAUCAGCUCUUGAGAAUAUGUUCAGCUGCUUUACCAUUGGACAAUGCACCUCUAAAGGACUUCCGGAACGAGAAGGUCUUAGCGCAAGUCGGUUGAUGGAUCUUGUUCAUGGCUCUGAAUAUGUGCUAACAUAUGAAGACAAGGAUGGUGACUGGAUGCUUGUUGGUGAUGUUCCUUGGAAUAUGUUCACAGACUCUUGCAAGAGGUUAAGGAUCAUGAAAGGCUCCGAGGCGAUUGGUCUAGCUCCACGGGCCAUGGAAAAAUGCCAGAGCCGGCAUUAGCAAUAUACGCCAGUAAAACUCAAGGACAAGAAUUUUGUGAAUGCGCCCUCUUUAGCAUCUUACAUAUUAUUACAUAUUAUAUCUCUUAUAUUUUCAGAAGUUGUAGUGUUUUUGGAAUGUUGAUAUCUUUCUCGCAGGCAGAAGGUAACUUGAGAUAUCCAGAUGUUUGUAUGUUUUGAUGGAAUGAAGCUGUAUAACUUUGGUUGCUAAGUGCUAAAUUAAUUUUUGUGAAAUGCAUCAUAUAGACAA